CGGGGGUCGGGCUAGCUACACACCCCAGUGGAGGGUCCAGAGGAGUCAUGUGGACAAGUUUGACACAAACAGAUAGCAGGGAGGAGUAAAGAUCCAGUAACCCAACAAAAACCAGAUGAACAGAACCCAGAAUUAAUUUGACAUACAACAUUAAAGUUUCUGCCUUAACUUGUCACAUGAACUUGCUGUAAUCGAAGGACCGAGGCAAACCAACAGUGGGAAUCCAGCAGCUGACUCCGGACCAUGAAGCUAAGCGUGGCGUUGUUUUUUGCAGGGCUCUUUGGGGCUUUGGCAGCGGUGCUCAUCCUGCUUUCUUUUGGAACCGAUUACUGGCUGCUGGCCUCGGAGGCCUGCCAGCCUGACAGCUCGGACAAAGAGGUGGGACAUGUGCACCAGGACAAUAAAAAAAUAGUUUCAUACCAUGAGGGGUUUUUCUGGGCGUGCUUUUCUGGAGGCAAUGAUGGCAUCCUGGCAUGGACACGUGAUUUUGAAAACCGGGGCGACAUGAAAACCUGUAUGCCUGCAUAUCUCUACACAUACCCUCAGCUAACCAAAAAUGAGACCGACACUGGUUAUAGUCCUUCCAUGAUCUACAGAGGAUUCUGGAGCGUCUUUAUGCUCAUUAGUGUGGCAACUGUGGUUCUCGGUGGGUUUCUCAUCAUCUGUGCUGCUCCGUUUGCGAGCCACUGCUUGUAUAAAACUGGAGGUGGCCUCUUCCUCAUAUCUGGCUUCUUCCUGCUGUGCUGCGUGGUGAUGUUCGUCCUGUGGUUUCAGCUGUCAGGUGAGAUAGACGCCCACGUCCAAGAGAACCGCUCUCUACUGUGUCCAGACUUCCAAGUGUCCCUGAGCUACGGCAUUUCAUUCAUGUUUGCUCCCAUUGGCGCCUUCUUCGCCCUCAUGGCCGGCCUUCUUUUCCUUCUUAUUGGUCGAACCGUCAAGAACUACAACUGAAAAACAAGGAAAGGCGUUUUAUUUUCACGUUCAUUUCACGUCUACAAGACUCAGUGAUGAUCAAACCAUGUGGAUCAUUUUGUAUAAAUUCAAAUGUUGAGUGUCCAAGUUUGAGUUUAUGACAUUUGAAACAUUGAAAAUAAUCAAAGCAUCUGAUUAAAAGAGGCUGAUUGGUAACUUUAAAUUGUCUCUAGGUGUGAGUGAGAGAGUGAAUGUUUGUCUCAUUUGUCUCUAUGUGUCCCUGUGAUGGACUUGGACCUGUCCAGGGUGUCCCCCACCUCCCACACAGUGACUGCACCAGUGAAUCUCGUGACCUGUAAAGGAAGAAGCGGGCAAAGAUAAUGGAUGGAUGGAUGGAAAAAAAAGAGCAAAUUAAUGAAAUUAAUGUUUUCCAUUAUAUAGCAGGGCCUUUUCUAAUCCUGGCCCCCUUAACUUUUUUGUAUGUGUUUUUGUGCUUCAACUUAUAUUUUUCUUAAACAGUUACUUCUCAACCAUGAGUUCACCUUUUUCACAUCCGGUGUUUUGGAGGAGGAAAACAUAAAAACACUGAAAACUGCAAAGAUUUUUAUAUAAACACAACAAUGCAAGUUCACCUGAAAAGUUCACCUGAUCAGCAGCUUUUUGACUGCAUCACAUGAUGAUAUGCCGUUUGUUCAAUGUUCACAACUUUCUAUAUUGUAUGUAAACUAAAUCCAGCUUGUACUGUGACUGUGCACAUCCAUGGAUGCUGUCAUUUUCAUAUAUUUUCUGUGGCUCAGUGCUGACCCUGCACAUGAGGCUGUUGAGUUUCUCAGCAGUAUUAUUUCAAUAUAAACGUCAGUUUGUAAAGCACAGAUUAGUUUCUGAAUGGAGCAACAGUUUUAUCUUCAUACAUGCUUGUUAUAAAUGAUUUCACCAUAGGUUUAUCUACUCUUUAAGUGUGUUGUGAUGAAAAAAAUGUUACGUCUGUCAAUGAAAUGCAUUUAUUUUUCUGUUAUUUGUUUGGCAUUAAAAUGAAAAGGC